AUGGCGAAUAUGAGAUUUUGUUUGCUUGCAGUUGUAGUACUUCUGGGCUGCGUUGAGGCAUUGGCCGUACCAGCUCAUGUCGAGGUACACGAGAAGAGACAGAGCCUUUCCCCGAGAUGGACGAAGAGAGACCGUGUCGAGUCGCACAAGGUGCUUCAGAUGCGUGUUGGUCUUACACAGUCAAACCUCGGCAAUGGAUACGAACAUCUAAUGGAUGUAUCCAACCCCACAUCCCCAAACUUUGGAAAACACUGGAGCCCCGAGCGUGUGAUUGACGCCUUCCGUCCCUCCAAACAGACAGAAGACGAAGUCAAAGAAUGGCUUGUCAAGUCCGGCAUCCCAGCCAAAAGAAUUACGCACUCAGACAAUAAAGGAUGGUUCGCCUUCUUUGCCACCACUGAAGAAGCUGAAAACUUGCUCCAUACCACAUAUCAUGAGUACGAAGACUCAGUCACUGGAGGUGUUAUGCCUGCUUGCGAGGAAUACCAUAUUCCCAAAGAUAUCCGCAAGCAUAUUGACUACGUAACUCCGGGCAUCAAACUCCUUGCUCCCGUGGAAUCACAUGCUUCCAAGAAACGAGACGCAGCGCUAGCAUCUGAAGGCCUGGCAAAAAGGAAUCUUCACGGAGUAUUGAAAGUAGAGAAUCCACCUUACACAGAUCCCAAUGAUCUCGACACCUGCGAUGUAGCCAUUACACCCGCCUGCGUCGCAGCACUCUACAAUAUCCCAUUGUCCAUUUCCUCGCACCCAAACAACUCGCUUGGGAUCUUCGAGUCGGAGCUGCAGUUCUACACACAGCAAGAUCUCGAUCUGUUUUUUGAUAAUUACACACAGUAUAUACCACAGGGAACGCACCCCGUGCCCGCGAAUAUCGAUGGUGGGCAGCAGAGUACCGAGGAUCCGUUUGAGGCGGGCGGUGAGGCAAAUCUAGAUAUACAGCUGGCGUACCCCAUUGUGUAUCCGCAGACGAUUACGCUGUACCAGGUGGAUGAUUUUAUUGUGCAGGCGAAUCAGAAUGAUACCUAUACAUUUGGGUUUAAUACUUUUCUUGAUGCUCUGGAUGGGUCAUACUGCUCUUUCUCAGCCUAUAAUGAGACUGGCAAUGACCCAACACUCGACCAGGCAUAUCCGGAUCCCGAAAUUGGCGGCUGGGCAGGUAGUCUUAUGUGCGGAACUUACAAACCCACGAACGUCAUAUCUCUCUCUUACGGAGGUCAGGAAUCGGAUUUGCCUAUCACAUAUCAGAAGCGUCAGUGUCUUGAGUAUAUGAAGCUGGGCCUGCAAGGUGUCUCAUUCUUGUUUGCAAGUGGGGAUGCUGGUGUAGGCAAUUAUCCAGACAAUAUCGACGGCCCCACCGGCUGCCUUGGCCCCAAUCUAGACAUAUUCAACCCUACCUGGCCAGGCACUUGUCCUUACGUUACCUCUGUUGGCGCCACAAAAGUCUACCCCGGAUCCAAAGUGACCGACCCCCACCCCGAAUCUGCAGUCUAUGAUCCAGCCGGACAUCCUUACUCUGUCAACUACUCAUCCGGCGGCGGAUUCUCGAACAUAUACCCCAUUCCCGAAUACCAAGCAAGCUUCGUAAAAGAUUUCUUUGACAAGCAUAAUCCUCCAUACACGUCUUAUAGCGCGUUGAGCCCCGAUUUGAAUGUUACCGGAGCACUACCUGACAUCGGCGCGUUGGCGGGGACGAGUGGUGGAAUCUAUAACCGCAUUGGCCGUGGAAUACCAGAUGUUUCUGCAAACGGCGACAACAUCGCCAUGUACAACGGCGGAAACUUUACCCUCAGCGGCGGAACCUCAGCCUCGACACCCAUCUUUUCCGCCGUAGUCACUCGCAUCAACGAAGAGCGUCUUAAUGUCGGCAAAGGCCCGAUCGGCUUCCUGAAUCCCAGUUUGUAUGCUAAUCCGGGCAUGUUGAAUGAUAUUAUUAAUGGGACGAACCCGGGAUGUGGGACCGUGGGCUUUAGUGCUGUGGAGGGAUGGGAUCCAGUUACUGGCUUAGGAACGCCGAAUUUCCCGAAGAUGAAGGAGUAUUACUUAAGCUUGCCAUAA